AUGGAUGGAUUGCUCUUAGACACCGAAUCUAAAUACACCAAGGUGACCAAUGAAAUCUUGUCUGACUUUAAUGUAGGUCGUGAGUUGACCUGGGACAUAAAAAUCAAGCUUCAAGGCCGUCCAGGUGCUGAAGCAUCUGCGAUCAUAGUGGAAGAGUACGGUUUACCAAUCACGCCAGAGGAAUUGAGGGACAUUGGAUUUGAAAAGCAAGCCAAAGAAUGGCCAGAAUCGAAAUUCUUACCUGGGGCGUUGGAAUUGUUACAUUAUUUGUAUGAGAAUGGAGUCCCCAUUGCGUUGGGUACCAGUUCCAAUAAGUUAAAUUUCGACAGAAAGACUGGGCACUUGAAGCACGGGUUUAAUGUAUUUGAAAAGCACAUUGUCACCGGUGAUGAUGCUAGAAUCCCACCCGGCCGGGGUAAGCCACAUCCAGACAUCUGGGCUGCUUGUUUGGGAAGUUUAAAUGAGGGUAGAGAGGAUAAGAUUAAGCCAGAGGAAUGUAUUGUAUUUGAAGAUGGUAUCCCUGGAGUUCAAGCUGCGAGAUCCUUCAACUCUCACGUUGUGUGGAUCCCAGACAUCAAUGCAAUCAAAGUUCUAGACGGACAGGAACACGAAAUAAUUGGCUCCAAUGGAAAAAUAUUACAAUCUUUAGAAGAAUUUGAUCCUAAAGAGCAUGGUUUUUAG